UAGAGUUGUCGUUCGAUAAGUUACUAUUUUUGCCUUCUCUUGCCAGAGAGUGUUGGUGUCUCACCAAAUUACAACUCCCAGGAUCCCACACCAAGGAGCCAUGGUGGUUACAAACUGCAUUAAUUCUACAGUGUAGAUGCACCGUUACCGGGAGCGGGCAGGAUUGUAUGCCAAGCCCAUACUUCAAAACAAGGGCUAUAAACAUGGCUUCGUCUCUGGAGACACUUUUUCUCCUGGGGACUUUUCAUACUACACAGUUUUAACAUUAUGAUUCCACUUUUAAUAGCAGGUGAAAUCUUGGGAUUUGUUUGGGGAGGAGCAUUUCAAAUUCUCGGCCCGAGGGUGCGCAGCCUGCCCCUCCACUUCGCUUUUUAAUUGAUAUGGUUCUUUUAAGAUGUUUUAAAUAAUUGUUGUAUCAUGUUAAUUCUGUAAUUUGUUUUAUAUUUUGAUUGUACAUCAGCUGAUGUUUUCAGGACCUGUCCCCGUGUGAGCCGCCCCGAGUCCCUUCGGGGAGAUGGAGGCGGGUUAUAAGAUAUAAAUUAUUAUUAUUGACAUAAAGACAUAGUAUGACACAGUAAACGAGAUCUAUGUGCUGGAUUUCGUAUCACAGAAUCACAAGUUGAACACCUCCCAAGUGUUUAGGACUAUUAUUAUUAUUAUUAUUUAUUGACACAAAGACAUGAUAUGACACAGCAAACGAGAUCUAUAUGCUGGAUUUCGUAUCACAAAAUCACGUCGAACACUUCUCAAGUGUUUAGGACAGUGUGAUGUAUUAUUAUUAUUAUUAUUAUUAUUAUUGACACAAAGGCAUAGUAUGACACAGCAAACGAGAUCUAUAUGCUGGAUUUCCUAUCACAAAAUCACAAGUUGAACACUUCCCAAGUGUCUCGGACCGUGUGAUGUAUUAUUAUUAUUAUUAUUAUUAUUAUUGACACAAAGACAUGGUAUGACACAGCAAACGAGAUCUAUAGGCUGGAUUUUGUAUCACAAAAUCACAAGUUGAACACUUCCCAAGUGUUUAGGACUAUUAUUAUUAUUAUUAUUAUAAUUUAUUGACACAAAGACAUGGUAUGACACAGCAAACGAGAUAUAUAUGCUGGUUUUCGUAUCACAAAAUCACAAAUCGAACACUUCCCAAGUGUUUAGGACUGUGUGAUUUAUUUAUUAUUAUUAUUAUUAUCAUUUCUCCCUCAACUACAAACCUCUGACUUUGCUGGGAGGAGGUUCUGGAGGCGUUGCGUGUCACCUGCUUGCAUAACAAACAAUGCCAACUAAGGUGCCAUCUUCGAAGCCCUUUCCAAGUUUCAAUCUGUCGGCCUUUUCAGGGACGUUGCAAAAAGGACAGCAAAUAGUUCUUGGUUUGAUUUUUCAGUGGUUUUUGCAGGGAGGCAUUUGGGGGAUUCGGUGGAAUGUGUGGCUUGUCUCGGGCACCCAAAUGUCUUGGGUCAAGAGGAGGGCUAAAUGCAAACAACAAGCUCUGGACACAAGCAGUUUCAGCCCCAAUUUUUUAAACGGUACCCAUUGUGAGUCAGGCAGUCGAUUUGCGGCCUGUCGCUCCGGGGCAGUUGCCUGUUGCCAUGGGAACGGGAAUCCGAUGCAAACAGUCGGCGUGCUUCUGCAGCCGCUGCUCGGCUUGGCACGAGGGCUUGGCAGGUGAGUUAGGAAGAGACAGGUGAGGCCGAGCCUAGCAUUGGUUGUUUUUGGAAACACUCAGCUACAGAACUGUAGUCCUUCCAGAUCAUUUUGUGAUUGGAGCAUCAGGAUGUGUGGGACUCCGACCUCUAUCGCUCCCAGCCACCACUGACUGCUGGCUGACGGUGAUGGGAGUUGUAGCCGAUCCAGAGAUUGACUGGACCACUGUCAUAGACACGCUGAUUGCAACUGUUGUUUAAACUUACUUUCUUUGUCAUCGAGGUUGUUUUAAUACAGCGCAUAGAUGGACGAAGAUGCCAGUAAACCGGAAACCCCUCCGGGGGUGGCAUCGGAGAGGCAAAGAGAGGAGAUGGAGUCGGCGGAUGAUAGUCCAAAGAUGACCGACUCGCUCAGCCAGGACACACAAGAGCCGGCGGAAGGGACUCCCGAUUCUGCAGGAUCCCUGGAAGCACCCCAAAAGAGCGAUCUUCCCGAAGAGGCUCCACAAGCCGGCGUUUCUCCAGAUCUUUCAGAAACAUCCAAAGAAAAGCAUAAGGCAAAGGCCAAGCUCACCGUCCGAGAAGUCCAUACACCCAAAGAGAAGCCUCCUUCCCCUUCCCCCAAAGAGAAGGGCCACAAAACUCCAGAAAAGGCCGCAGGUCCCACGGCCGGCAGAGAGAAGGCUCACAGCCCCGGCGUUGUCAAGGGUGAAAAAGAACAGGGGUUGGAAAAAGGCCAAGAGAAGAAGCAAAAGCAAGAAGCGGGGCUCGUGGCGACCAGCCACCGAAGUCCCAGGAGUCCCGAGCAGGCCAGAAGUCCAAAGGAGCCUCCUUCUUCCCUGGCGGAAAGCCCCACCAGCAGUGACGCUCAGGGCCAUCCUCAGGUGAACCAAGAGGUCAGCCUCGCCCUCCGGCCCCCGGACUCACUCUCCAGCAGUGAAGAAACGAGCGUCCAAACAACCCAAGAGGACAGCAAGACGUCCAAGAGACAAAUCAAUUUCUCUCUGACUCAAGCGGAGGAGGAGAAGUCCAUUGUGUUGACGGCCGUCCCAGGCAUGAUGUUUGAAGACGAGAGCAGGCCGCUCGCCGACCAUCCACUUAGUCUGUCUUGGGUUUUUGGCUACGACAACAAGCUCCCUGUUUUCAAUUUGCUUGAUGAUGACCGCAGGGUGAUUCUGUAUGUUGCUGGUCACACCGCCGUGAUCCAUGACAUUUUCGGGAACAAGCAGUACCUCCUCCAGGGACACUCGAGUUGUGUUUCUUGCAUCUGUGUCAGUGAAGACAAGCGAUGGAUAGUAACUGCCGACCGGAGCCCGGAGAGCUUGAUUAUCAUUUGGGACGGCUAUUCUGCGGUCCCGGUGCACACGAUAUUCGAUAGUCACCCAGGAGGCGGAGUCAGCGCCGUCGCCAUUUCCCACAAUUCCCUCUUCGUGGCGACAGUUGGAGCCGAGGAAGUGCAGAAAACUCGUAUUUGGGACUGGACCACCGGGGAAACGACUCCUUCCUGCAGUGUAGACCUCCUGCCCGAGUACAGCUUCCAACAUUACGUCGCAUUCAGUUCAAGAGAUCACAACGAACUGGUCAGCAACAGCGAAACUCAAGUGAUCUUCUACAUAUGGGAUUGUGACGUCUUGCACUACUUUGCUCCUGUCCUAACAGAGAAAACCUUUGACCGGAGCGUGGGACUGUUCAGCCAGUCUCUGUUCCACUUCAGCACCCCCCAGGCCAUCACCGGCACGAUGGAAGGCAAGAUGGCGCUCUGGGGUCCGAUCGCGCCUCCCUCCAAGGACCCCGCUUUGAACGUCAAGCCCUACAACAUGAAGGUCAUCAAGCUGGUGCACUUGCAGAGGGAAGGCAUCUCGGUGCUGGCCGUUACCGAUGGGAAUUUUGUAACCUGUGACACCAAGGGGCGCGUGAAGUUCUACGACGGAGAUCUACAGCUGGUGCACUGGUACAGCAACCUGAAAGUCGGGCCCAUCCGCUCCAUUUCCUUCAACAGGAACCCACCAUGCCCUGUGGAUGUCAGCAAGUACCCCAUGUCUUGCACUUUAACGGGCGCACCUUUCGUUCUUAGGAAUUUUAUUCUUUCUACGUCGAAUUCCUUAGUGGUCCAUAUCAAGCCUGAGGGGUUGAAAAUCAGCAAAUGCCUCGAGGAGCCCAAAGACGUUGUCCACGCCAUUGCCUGCCACCCGAGCAAACCCCUCAUGGCCAAGGGGAGUCUCUGUGGCCUUCUGAAAGUGUGGCAUUACAAGCUCGACAAAUACCUGGUCAGCCGGAUCUUUAAGAGCGAGAGUAUCCAGGCCCUUUGUUAUAACCACAAUGGCUGCUUGCUGGCCGUCGGCUUUGCUAGUGGAGCCAUUCGCCUUCUUGACUCGAUCUCUUUGGAGAACGACCACCCAGAACCCAUGAAGUUUUCCAAAGGCCCCAUUACUAUCAUGACCUUUUCGCAUAAGUCCCAGUAUUUUGCCACUGCGGAUGAAAAACUUUCUGUGAGUGUCUACAAGCAGUUUAUGAAAGACGGGCAGAAAGUCUGGGACCUCCUGGCGGCGGUGCAUUCCCAUUGCCGGCCCAUCCGCAGCCUGCUCUUUGGCGUGCAUUUGGACAGCGACGAACCCAGGCUCUUGAGUCUCGGAGAAGACAAACUUCUGGUGGAGUAUGACCUGGAAAAGACCACCCGCUACAACCUGGCCAUUCACCAAAGGCUCCGCAUUGAGCAGGCGGCCACCCCUAAGUGUCUCGCCUGGCACCCGCCUCUUACCACGGAACAUUUUUUGCUCAUGGCCAACGAUGCGUAUAAAAUGAAGAUGUACAACGUGACCACAAAGAUGUGCAGAAAGACUAUCCUGGGACCCACGUACGGCUCGCCCCUUGAGAAGAUCCUGGUCCUUCCGCUGCAAGAAGGCCGUGACCCUCAGAAACGGUAUCUGGCCUACAUUACCAGAGAUAAGGUGGGCCUGCAGGUCUUGCCCGUGGAUGGGAACCCGCACAAGUCCUGCACGGUCAUUUGCCACCCUACCGGCGCCUCCAACUUGGCCUGCUCUUACGACGGGUGCCACCUCUUCACGGCCGGGAGUCAUGACUUCACCGUGAUGAAAUGGGAUGUUAAUUUAAACGCUCUGGAAGCCGUCGUUUUUCUGGGCGGGAAGGAUUUAAUCCCGUACUACAAUCUCCUGGAGGGUGGCAGAGAAGGCCUGUUUUUCAAGGAACUGGAAGAUUAUUUUUAUUAUGCUCAGUUGAUCCACCAAGGGAUCAACACCAUGGAGCCCAGAAAGGUGUCUACGCACAUCCCGCUGGAACAGAUUCCGUUCGUCAUGCGAGCGAUGGGCUUUUUCCCGACUGAAGAUGAGAUUGAAAACAUGUUGAAUGAAGUCAAGUUCAGCGAAUACCUGGAGACUGGAAAGCAAGUGACCAGCAUCAAUUUGGGGGACUUCAUCAAGCUUUACAUCAAUCACCGGCCAGCGUUUGGGCUGUCGAGGAACGAAAUAAAUCACGCCUUCCAAAUCUUGGGCUACGAGGACGAGGACGGAGAGCCUACCAUCAACAGGGACGACCUGCUUUUGCUGCUUCAAAACACAGGAGAGCAUUUCACGGAAACUGAGCUGGCGGAAUGCCUCACCACUUUGCUGGGGGUGAAUCCGGAAGGGGGCCGUGGCGAGGUUGGCACCUACGACCCCACAGGUGCUGAAGUCUUUAUCGAGGAAGAUAUUCCGGAGGAAAUCACAGCAGGGCAUUUCACCAUGAACCUUCUGGGCCUCCCGCUGCCUGAACCCACUCUUGGAGAGUCAGAAACUCCCAUCAGCAGCGAACUGUCAUAGAACGCCUUUGGAGGUUCUCGCUCCCUUUUUAUCCUUCGCUCUAACCGUGUUGUCUAUAAGUCCCUCUAGAAAUGAUAUCUAUUUAAACAAAAAUAUCACAUUCACAAAAAGCACGACUAGUGUAUUUUUUUAAAAUUUUUAUUAAAGUGAUGCUGACGUACAAACUUAAAUAAGUGAAUAAUUUAUCUUCAUUUAAUUCCCAAUUUAAAGAUGCAUCCAAUAUCUAUAUAUAUAAAAGAGUGAUGGCAUCAGGGCAGCGGACAAAACAACAAAACUACAGGCCCCCCAACCUCGAAAUUUGACAACACAACCCAUCAUUCACGGCUCUAGGUUGAUACAACAAAAAGAAAAGAAAAAUAAAGUCCUAAUUACAGGGAGAGGAAUAAUAGUUUUUAUCCAAUUGCUGCCAGUUUGAAGGCUAAGCUCCACCCACUUGGUCUCCUAGCAACCUACUCAGCCCAGGGGACAGGCACAGUUAGGCCUCACUUAGGCCUCUUCCACAGAUUAUCAGAUUUGAACUGGAUUAUAUGGCAGUGUAGACUCAAGGCCCUUCCACACAGCUAUAUAACCCAUUUAGAAUCUUAUAUUAUCUGCUUUGAACUGGAUUAUCUUGACUCCACACUGCCAUAUAAUCCACUUCAGUGUGCAUACUAAACAUAAAGACAACCAUACAACAGACAUUCAGUACCACCACUACCUCAACAAUUUCUCACCAACACCACCAGACAACGCCACAGCAACGCAUGGCCGGGCACAGCCAGUUCCUAAUAAGUAAGAUUCGGGUUUCAUAGAGAAUUUUUUAUUUAAUUUUUUUGUGUUUCUUCAUGAAUUUUAAUUAAUUUAAUUAAAACAUAGGAGAAAUAUUUUUAAAAAAUUCUAUACUAAGACACCAUUAUGGAUUUCACCAUUGGAGGCAGAUGUAAGAUUCAUUUUAAAUUGGAAAAAAAUGGCCAAGAUGUAAAGACAUUUUGAAGAAAACUAAUGGAUCUUACAAUCUAAAAUCUCAAGAAGAAUUGGGAAAAACUUUCCAAAAUCUCUCAUGGUUUCAAUACGCACAAAUUAAAGAAAAAUUUAAUAGGUGCACAAAGGCAGAAGGGGGUUGGACUCAAUGGCCAAGGGAUCUCUUCCAACCCUCUUUAUUAUUAUUAUUAUUAUUAUUAUUAUUAACAUUGAGGCUGGGUGGACAUCUGUCAGGGGUGCUUUGCUUGUGCUUUUGCUGCACAAAGGCAGAAGGGUGGACUCAAUGGCCCAAAGGGUCUCUUUCAACUUUUUUUUUUAUUAUUGUUGUUGUUGUUGUUAUUAUUAUUGCUCGGUGGCCAACUAUAGUCCGGCCCUCCAACGGUCCAAAGGAUCGUAAACUGGCCCCCUGUUUAAAAAGUUUGGGGAGCCCUGCUUUAGGUGCUCUUACUGCCUAUUACAGGGAAAAACGGCUGCUUCCUAAUCUAUCUAAAACACAGACAUGUGCUUUUUAUCUUAAGAACAGACAAGUAUCUUGAGCUCUGAGGAUGACCUGGGAAGGAACUCCACUGGAGCAUUGCAGCAUGUCAAAAUAUCUUGGAGUCACUCUGGACCAUGUUCUGACUUUAUAAGAAACACUGAAUAUCAAGCAAAAAGUGGGCGCUAGAAAUAAUAUGAUAUGAAAGCUGACGGGCACAACCUGGGGAUCACAACCAGACACUGAAGACACUUUUUUGUAUUGCUAUCCCAAUAUAUUGAGCAUGGUGAUCAGAUCAUGAUAUGAAUAAACAACAGUUUAAAUAAUAAA